CGCGCGGGACCGGGGCCUGGGGUGGCACCCGCGGCGCCAUGGAGCUGCUGUCUGCGCUGAGCCUGGGCGAGCUGGCGCUCAGUUUCUCCCGGGUACCGCUUUUCCCUGUCUUUGACCUGAGCUACUUCAUUGUCUCCAUUAUCUACCUCAAAUAUGAGCCAGGAGCAGUGGAGCUGUCCCGGCGCCACCCGGUGGCGUCCUGGCUGUGUGCCAUGCUUCACUGCUUUGGGAGUUACAUCCUGGCUGACCUACUCCUCGGGGAGCCGAUCAUUGAUUACUUCAGCAACAACUCCAGUGUCCUGCUGGCCUCAGCCGUAUGGUACUUGAUUUUCUUCUGUCCCCUGGAUCUUUUCUACAAGUGUGUCUGUUUCCUGCCAGUAAAACUAGUCUUCGUAGCCAUGAAGGAGGUGGUGAGGGUCCGCAAGAUUGCUGUGGGCAUCCAUCAUGCCCAUCACCACUACCACCAUGGGUGGUUUGUCAUGAUUGCCACCGGCUGGGUCAAAGGCUCUGGUGUUGCCCUCCUGUCCAACUUUGAGCAGCUUCUUCGAGGGGUCUGGAAGCCAGAGACCAAUGAGAUCCUGCAUAUGUCCUUCCCCACCAAGGCCAGCCUCUACGGAUCUAUCCUGUUCACGCUGCAGCAGACCCGCUGGCUCCCAGUGUCCAAGGCCAGCCUCAUCUUCAUCUUCACCAUGUUCAUGGUGUCCUGCAAGGUGUUCCUGACAGCCACCCACUCCCAUAGCUCUCCAUUUGAUGUCCUGGAGGGCUAUGCCUGUCCUGUGCUGUUUGGAACAGCCUGGGGAGGAGACCAUCACCAUAACAACCACGGGGCACCCCAUGGUGGUGGGCCAGGCACCCAGCAGUGUGCUCUGUCCCCCAAGUCCAAGGAGGAGCUGAGUGAGGGCUCCAGGAAGAAGAAGACCAAGAAAGCGGAUUAGGGGUGGGCAGGGAACCCAUGGAGCACCAAGGAUAGGAUAAGGACUCAGGGUCCUCAGAAUUUAGUGGCAGCCUGUGUUCAGAAUUCUCCUCUGUGGCCUUUAACUUCCCCAUGUGCAAAAUGGGGCCAUCUAUCCACUCUAGGGUUGAUGUAGGAGUUAAAUGAAAUACAAGGGUGGAGGAUUUUGUUAGGAAUGGACAGUCCCUCUCUUUCUGUCUGCCAGGCCCCUCACAGCUUUGGGGGGAGGGACACACAGAAUACUGGCAGUGCCUCCUGUCAGAAACUCUGGCGGUUAUAGUCUCAGUUCUAAUUCUUUAUUCUCUGAAAUUGUAUCUUGCCAAAAGAAUUUAAAGCCAUGUUGAUAUUUGUUUAUUUCAUGGACAAUUUUCAAAGUACCUCCUGCAAGUGAAGUGUUGUGAUCCCAGUCAAUUCUUGCCCAGGAUCAUCAGUGGCUAGAACCUCCCCCCAUGCUCCCAACUGUCUGAGUCCUGGUGGGUGUCCUUGGUCAGUAUGCUUCCCUUCUCUGAGGCUCAUGUUUUCUAUCUGUAUUGUGGAGACCUUGGAUCUUUCCCUAUGUGGAAAGGCUGAAGUGAAGGAAGAUGUGAACAAGCGUUCUAGGCAGCCUACACCUAUGAGGGGAGACUAGGGCCAUUGUACAUGGACAAUUGCAGAGGGCUUUGUAUUUUAGGUCACUUAUGUUCCUGAUCAGAGAGUCUUGUAAGUUACCUGGCUCAAAAAAGGCCCUCAGUAGAGUAGUUUAGAGAAUUCAGAGGGUGAGUUUUGGCUUCCAGUUGCAACCACACCAAAGAAAUGCAGCUAGUUACAUAGUCAUGGUGUGUCUAAGAUCCAGUGAUUUCCAAGCACUCAUAGGUAUGAUCUGGAAGAAUAAAGCCACCCUCAUCCCUGAGCAAUAUCGCUCAUUCAGUCAUUCAACAAAUACAUUGAUGCCUGCUUUUGGCCCACUCUUCUGCUGUUUCUGGAGUGGGCCAAGAGCUUGUGUGGAGCAAAGGAGAGGUGAAGCCAAAGCCUCCAGGACAUCUGAGAGGGGCAAAUGGUGUGGGCAUGGCAGCCUCAGGUUUGCUUGGGGCUCAGAUUAAGUUAUGGUUCCACAUGUUACCCAUUUAUGAGAAUGUGCCUUGUUCCAGUAAUGUCCUGAGGUGAGGUGGGUCCUCAGGCUGUAAGCACCCCCAGUUUCAUCUUUGUGCAUGUCCAUCAAAGCUCAGCGUGAGGGGCCAGCCAAUAAAUCAGGUGUGAGUGAA